GAUGGCGGCGGGGCCCGGGCGCUACUUCUGCACGGCGGGCCGCGGCCUGGAGCCCUUCCUGGCGCGGGAGGUGCGGGCGCGGCUGGGCGCCACGGAGGUGGCCUGCGUCUCGGGAAAGGUCUUCUUCAGCACAGGGGCGGAGCUGGGCGAGCUGCGGAAGCUGAAGUCGGGAGAGAGACUGUUUCUGCUGCUGAGGAAGCAUCCCCCGCUCGGGGUUUUUAGAAAUAAAGGGAAAAUGCUGCAUGACAUCAUAAGCCUUGUCACUGGGGAACCGAAGUAUUUGCAAGAUGUUAUCUCUAUGUGGAGAAACCUUCAUGGGAGUGAGGGGAGAGAAGAUGUCUCUCAAGAAAGCCAGCUGCCUUUGAAAAGGAAAUCAGAAGAAGGAACAAAUCCUGCAGCUAAAAGGCAGAAAACAGAACAAGUGAGAAAGACUGUAUCUGAGGAAUGUCAAAUGGAACCUGGAGAGAGGUGUGUGGUACCAGAGGAGAGCAACCAGGACAGCUCAACUGAAAGCAAGGCUUCCUUAGAAGACCCUUCCAAAAGCAGUGGAGAGGAACCUAUUGCAAAUGAGCAGCUUAGCUUCAGAGUUUCUUGUCGUUGUAGUGGAGCAAUUGCCAAAAUACUUACUUCACAGGAGAUUGGAAGAGCCAUUGGCAUAGCACUCAUGAAGCAGUUUGGAUGGUGGACAGAUCUGCGGAACCCAAACCUGGAGGUCUUUGUACAUCUUAAUGACAUUUAUUCUGUGGUGGGGAUUCCUCUUUUCAGGCUUCCGUUGGCAAACCGCGAGUACAUCAAGGCGGCGGGGCUGCGAUCGACCGUCGCGUGGACCAUGGCAUCUCUGGCUGAAAUCAGUGCAGGUGCCUUUGUGCUGGAUCCCAUGUGUGGAGUAGGAACAAUACUGCUGGAAGCUGCUAAGGAGUGGCCUGAAGCCUGUUACUGGGGUGUUGAUAUAAGUGAUUCACAGUUAGAGGGUGCAGAUGUGAAUAUUAGAACUGCAGGCUUGAUGGAUAAGAUUGAGUUACUUAAAGCUUCUGUGAAAGCAUUGCCGUUGCCUUCAGAAAGCUUUGACGCUGUGAUUUCGGAUAUUCCGUUUGGGAAGAAGUUCAAGAUCACAAAAGACAUAGAGCUUCUGCCAGAUAUUCUCCAGGAAAUGGAGAGAGUACUCUGUGUUGGAGGCACUGCUGUGUUGCUGCUGAGUCAAGAUCUCCAUAAGUGCAUGGAUGGCAUUACCAGGUGUGCUGAAAAGGACUCUUCUAGUGCCACUUCUGAAGGUGCACGUGAAACCGCCGCUGCAAAAGCUCUGAAUGUUGAUGGGAAUUCCUCCUUGGGGAAUGGUGUUGAAGGAUCCCUUCUCAGCAGCCGACAGACACGUUUUGGGUCUCUGGUGCCAGAUGGUGUCUAUGGGGUUAGCCUUGGAAAGACAGAUGCUUUCAUAUACAAGUACAGGAAGACCUCUGCUGCUGGGAACUGGUAGCUUUCUUGCACCAUGCCAAAGUGAACUUGCAUCCUGAUUACACUUGAAAAGCAGCAUGGCAGUGAUCUGGUGGAACUCUGCUGAUCCAAAUGAAGCCUGUGCCAUUUGUUAGUUCACCUCACUUUUGUUGGCUGUCCUAAGGCACUGCUUUUCUCUUUGGCUUUUAGGAGAGGUGGAAGAUGUCUACUAGUGUUUCAGAUGCUUUUAUUUUAAAAUACUGUAAUGAGAGAGAGCCUCGCAAUGUUGGGAGGAGUUUCUUUGGGAGACACGUCGCUAUUUGCAGAACUACAAAACCAAAUGUAAAUGGAUUUUUACUUUCAGCAGUAUUUUUUAGGAAGCACUUCUUAUCUGAUGAAGUCUCCAGCUCCUUUUGAGGGCUGGAUGUAUGCUUUACCAUGCAGUCUUUUACUUUAAACCUAGUUUCUGAUUAAUUUGAAGUGUAGCUAUUGAGAUCUCUCAGUGUGGAAAAUAAACUAUUUUCUGUAUUAA